CUCUUGUGUGUCACUUGCGAUUGUGUGAGAUAUAGUCGAUGGCAGCUCCGAACAUGGCGACGAUCGCCGCAUCUCUGGAGCGGUCUCUACAAAACUGCUCGUUAAACCACACCAUCUCCGGCGGCGGUAACGGUAUCCGGAGCAGUCAAGGGUCGAGUGUUCAUGUUGGGAUUAGAAGGUCGUCGUCAACCUCAUCAAUCUCAGAUGAUUCGCAGCAGAAUCAAUUCACAGCCAACAACAACAAUGAAGACACAACUCUGGAGCUCAACUCAAAUGUCUCGCUUCCCUACCAUUGGGAACAAUGCCUCGACUUAAAGACGGGUGAGAUUUACUACAUAAAUUGGAGGAACGGAAUGAAAGCGAAAGAAGAUCCGAGAACAGCAGCACAAUACAGCGGAGAUUGUUACUACUCGGAUGAUGAUGAUAAUAGCUCCUAUGAUAGCGAAGAGUCUUCGACUGAGUCGUCUCCAUCUUCUUCAAGAGAGAGAGAGCCCUAUAAUAAUCAGCAGAAAGAAUCAGAUCAGAAUAAUAAGCAGGACCAUGUUCUGGUUGUGGCUGGCUGCAAAUCGUGUCUCAUGUAUUACAUGGUCCCCAAACAGCACGAGGAUUGCCCCAAAUGCAGUGGCCAGCUUCUUCACUUCGAUCGAUCCGAAAGCGGCUCACCAUGAACACCACAUUAGUUUCUCUAGUCGUUCCCUCUAGCCAUAUCUACCGUUUUGUUUAGUCCGAAAUGUGAGAGACAAGUUUGUUAGUGUGGUGGUGGUGGUUGUUGUUUGUUGUUCAUUUUUUCUGGGCCUAGCUAGCCUGUUUUGUCAAUUUGGGUUACCUUUGUUUUGGGAUAAAGCCAUGGGAGAGGCAAGAGAUGAGUCCUACACAGUGCCAGCAGCCGCAGGAGGAAGAAGAAGAAGAUGAUCGAAGAUGAUCGAAGAUGAGCAAGGUCAAUGGGAUUGGUAGAAGUAGAGGAAUUAUUUGGUAAUGAUUGCGACGUGUAGGUUUCUUCUCUUUUGUUUCAUGCUCUUUCUCCUGAAUUUAUUUUUCACAUUUUUCCCUCCAUAUUACUUCGAUUCAUUCCUUUUUA